CCAGGGGAGCUCCGGAUGAGCCUUUCGGCGUCCUCGAUCGAGACCUUAGUGUCCUCCUGCGGAUUCGUGGGGGCAAGUCUCCCGCUCCUGGACCCGUUCGCCCCUCGUUUCCACGGACAGCAAUGCUUCUGCCUGCCACCUAGGGAUCACAUUUUCAUUAGGAAGAGUCUUUCGGGUAUCUUUCGUUUGUCUUGUUCACGCAGGUGUCCUAUGUCCUGCCAGCUCUGCGCUGUCAUCGACUCUGUCUUGUCUCCUACUGUCAACAUCCGCAUCAGGGGGCCCAGAGCUGUCUCUACGUCCGUUUAUACCGCUCUUAGGCGUCUGGGUGUCCGGGGGUUAGGGUUCCUAAGCGCGCAACCUCUGCGGAGCCCGGGCGCGUCUGCAGGUUGCUCAUCCACCCAUCGUCGUCGACCCGUACAUAUGUCGAACACCACGCACGCGCGGAAGCGCUGUGUCGAGGGAGACCCGCGAAAAAGCUAGGCCUGGUCUGGUUUGGGAGAGGGCAUUGAAGGGGCUUGCGA